AUGAAGAUGACUCACUCGCAAGCGGACCGGCUGGACUUUAAACGUCCAGAGUCGGUGCUGGAUUUGGUUAAUAUUCGAAGCGCUUUAGUCCGCAUGGAGGACACGAUCCUGUACGAUCUAAUUGAACGGGCUCAGUUCACGCAGAUGCCCAGCGCGUACAAAGCCGGGGUAUUUCCGAAUCUGGAAGGCACAUUUUUAGACUGGAUUUUGAAAGAGACAGAGUCGACGCAUGCAAAGCUCCGUCGUUACGACGCAGCAGAUGAAAAUGCGUUUUUCCCGGUGCCUAAGGACCGUAUUCUACCUGCUCUGAAGCUCCAAGACGUGCUAGCGCCCUAUCAGAAGGAGGUGAACGUAAACGACCGCAUCAAGCAAUACUACAUUGAGCAUAUUGUUCCUGCACUCAGCGCGAAUCCGUGUGAUGAGGAGCAGAACUUUGGCAGCUGCGCGUUGAGCGACGUGUGGGCGCUUCAGGCGAUUUCUCGACGAAUUCACUUUGGCAAGUUUGUUGCCGAGUCGAAAUUCCAGAGCGAGCGUGAGCUGUUCACUAAACUUAUUAACGAGAAGGACAUCAAAGGCAUUGAGGUGGCCAUCACAAAACCCGAGGUGGAGCAGCGCAUUUUAGAACGAAUCAGACACAAGGCCGAUAGCUACGGCGCCGACCCGCAGACGAUUUUGCGAUGGUCGGAGAAGGGAGACGGCAAAGUCGAUCCAGAGGUGAUUGUUUCUAUUUAUCGUUGA